AUGCGAGAAAUAGUGCAUUUGCAGGCGGGACAGUGCGGCAACCAAAUAGGUUCUAAGUUUUGGGAGAUUAUAUCGGAUGAGCAUGGCAUCGAUCAGACGGGGUACUACCGUGGAGACAGCGACCUUCAACUUGACAGAAUCCAGGUUUACUACAAUGAAGCUGCCGAUGGCAAACGCUUCGUGCCCCGAGCGGUACUUGUUGACCUGGAACCAGGCACUAUGGACGCUAUCAGGUCAUCCACGUAUGGACAACUAUUUCGGCCUGACAAUUACGUCUUCGGGCAGAGUGGUGCAGGCAAUAACUGGGCAAAGGGCCACUACACCGAAGGCGCCGAACUGGUGGAGUCAGUCAUGGACGUUGUGAGGAAAGAGGCGGAACCGUGCGACUGCUUACAAGGGUUCCAGUUGACGCACUCGUUAGGAGGUGGCACAGGCUCUGGACUUGGAACACUGCUGCUGAGCAAGCUCCGUGAGGAAUACCCUGAUAGGAUCGUCAACACCUUCAGCGUUAUGCCGUCACCCAAGGUGUCAGACACGGUCGUUGAGCCUUACAAUGCCACACUGUCAGUACACCAGCUGGUUGAGAACACAGACGAGACUUUCUGCAUCGACAACGAGGCCUUAUAUGACAUCUGCUUCAGAACUCUUCGGCUGUCUUCACCUACUUAUGGCGACCUGAACCAUCUUGUCUCGUUGACAAUGUCGGGAGUGACUACUUGCCUCCGAUUCCCUGGUCAGCUGAACGCAGACCUGAGGAAAUUGGCCGUCAACAUGGUACCGUUCCCGAGACUGCAUUUCUUUAUGCCUGGCUUUGCUCCGCUGACCGCUCGGAACAGCCAGGUGUACCGAGCAUUGACUGUACCCGAGCUAACACAACAGAUGUUUAGUCCUAUAAACAUGAUGGCGGCUUGCGACCCUCGCCAUGGAAGGUAUUUGACAGUAGCAGCCAUAUUCCGAGGAAGAAUGUCCAUGAAAGAAGUGGACGAGCAGAUGUUGACGGUGCAAGACAAGAACUCAAGUUACUUCGUUGAGUGGAUCCCGAACAACGUAAAAGUAGCAGUGUGUGAUGUACCACCGCGGGGUUUAAAAAUGGCGGCCACUUUCGUGGGCAACUCUACCGCCAUACAAGAGAUAUUUAAAAGAAUUUCUGAACAAUUCACUGUCAUGUUCCGGAGAAAGGCCUUCCUCCACUGGUACACAGGUGAAGGCAUGGAUGAACUGGAGUUCACGGAAGCGGAGAGCAACAUGAACGAUCUGGUCUCCGAAUACCAACAAUACGAGGAGGUAGGAGUGGACGAUGGAGAGUUCGAUGAACAAGAAGAAGUGGCAGAAGAAUAUCCCGAGGAGGAGUAG